CAACAGUGAGGAUGUCUGGAAGAGGCAAAGGAGGAAAAGGACUCGGUAAAGGAGGCGCCAAGCGGCACCGUAAAGUUCUCCGUGAUAACAUCCAGGGAAUCACCAAGCCAGCUAUCCGCCGUCUGGCUCGCCGUGGUGGAGUCAAGCGUAUCUCUGGUCUGAUCUACGAGGAGACUCGCGGUGUGUUAAAGGUCUUCCUGGAGAACGUCAUCCGUGAUGCCGUCACCUACACCGAGCACGCCAAGAGGAAGACGGUGACCGCCAUGGAUGUGGUGUACGCUCUGAAGAGGCAGGGCCGCACUCUGUACGGCUUCGGAGGUUAAAGUCAGCGUUCAUGCAGCAAAACAAAGGUCCUUUU